CAAUCUGGCCAACCACACCACAGCGAUCCAGCCACCCUCUUUCCAAGGCAGCACAGCGAACUGCCCAGUCUUACCCAGUUUAGGUGUGAUGUCGACCUACAUAAACUACCUAAACUGUGAGGUAAACUAGGUUAGCUAGGGUACCUGGCACCUGAAACGGCAGUCGAGGGUCAUGUUGUGACAAGACAAGGAGGAAGGGAGGACGUGAGGUACCUUGCCUUGCUCCCACAGCUGCUCUGAAUACAGGGUGCUGAAUCAGGCUCCAGCCUCUAGCAUGGCUAACAUCUACACACUCAGAGCAUUGCUCUGUGGCCAGUGGGAGUCCGAUGCCAGACUGGAUGGCAAAACAGUCAUCAUCACUGGCGGUAAUACUGGUAUAGGAAAGGAAACAGCACUUGACCUGGCCAAGAGAGGGGGCAGGAUCAUCCUGGCUUGCAGGGAUGUCGUCAAGGCUGAGAAGACCAAGGCUGAGAUCACAGAGAACUCUGGGAACCCGAACAUCCUGGUCAGGCCUCUGGAUCUGGCAGACGGCAGGUCCAUCAGGGAAUUCUCACAGCUCAUUAACAGAGAGGAGAGCCAGGUGAACAUACUGAUCAACAACGCUGGCGUCAUGAUGUGUCCGUACUCCAAGACUACAGACGGGUUCGAGAUGCAGUUUGGGGUCAACCACCUGGGUCACUUCUUGCUCACCUUCCUGUUACUUGACCUCUUGAAGAGGUCGGCGCCGUCGCGGGUCAUCACCCUGUCGUCCAUGGCCCACGCCUGGGGGCGGAUCCAGCUGGAGGACAUCAACAGUGAGACGAGCUAUCACUCCAGGCGAGCCUACGGGCAAAGCAAACUGGCCAACAUCCUGUCCACACGGUCCCUGGCUAGGAGGCUGCAGGGCACAGGGGUGACCGUGUACGCCGUUCAUCCAGGGAUUGUGCGUACCGAGCUGAAGAGACACAUGAACCUGGCCUUGCUCAUCUCCUGGAAGAUUGUGCGUCCUUUCACCAAGACGGUGGUUCAGGGAGCUCAGACCUCCAUCUUUUGUGCUGUGGAGCCCAACCUGGACAGCCAUAGUGGGGGAUACUACUGUGACUGUAAACUGUCGAGCUGUGACCGAGCUGGCAGGGAUGACGUUAUGGCUGAGAAGCUUUGGGAACUCAGCUGCCAAAUGCUCGGAAUCACGUGGGAUUGAGCGAUCAUUCAUCAAUCGAAACGCGCUUCAUAUGAAUAGUCGCUCAACGACAAAGAUGCUCACGGGACAAAAUGCAAGAACAACGGAUAGAAGAAAAAGUUGGUAGAUGGAUACUUAUUUUAACACAUGUUGAUGUUUACAUAGAUAUGUCAUACAUGCCAAGAUUAAAAUCCUCGCAUCACUUUGCUAUACAGUUGAUUACAUUAUGCAAAUGAAAAAUAUAAUGCCAUUAAUUUGCUUUUUUUUAUACUGCAUUGUGUACUGCAUUGUUGAACACAGCCUUGGCAUUAACAUUGGAUAUGCCAUGAUGCUUGAGAAGUACUGUGGAUGUACUGUCAAAAUAAUAAACUUCACUUCAGCUCGGCCUAAAUAGGCUAUGAUUCAUGUUUGAUUAAUGACAUCAGCGGCACAAUGCAUAGGCCUAUUCUAAAUCCAAUCUUGGCGUCACCUACAGGCCAACACAAUAGUGAAAUUCCGGACUUCAUUUUUCUGAACACGUAAAAAGUUUUCCUCCAAUUGAAUACAAUUAAA